UCAGAGGGACUCAUCUACUGACGCGGUGCCUUUCGUCCUGAAGACUGCUGCCUGAGGACUGCGUAACCAUGACAACAGAGCCCCCUAAUGGUCCACGACAUCGAAACAUCAAGACCUGUCAGGAAGAAGACACCUCCAGUCAUGAUGGGAGUCGUGCUUAUGAGCAGGAGGAAGAUCUAAGACAGUGGCAAAAAUAUGUACAGAAGCUAAAGGUGAAGGUUUUGGACCAGGUCCAAGAUCAGCUGGGUGAAAUUCUUGACAAAGCUCUGACCGACUCCAUUGAGCCCCCCUCUCACAUUAGGUCCAUAUUAAAUGGAAAAACAAGUCAGAAACAGCCAUCCAGAGCGCAGAGAAUGGACAAUGGCAAAGUGUUCAUGGAACGGGCGUCGCUGCUGGACGAACUGUUUGAGAUCAGCCACAUCAGGACCAUCUACCACAUGUUCAUCGCUGUUCUGCUCAUCUUCUGUUUGAGCACCCUGGCUGUGGACUACAUCGAUCAGGGCAGGUUGGUCUUGGAGUUUGACUUGCUGUUUUAUGCUUUUGGGAAGCUGGAGACAGUCACCUGGGCCUGGGUGGUUAUGUUUGUUUACACCCUGUUUGUUCCCUACUACACCCUGGACUUUUGGGGUUCUUUAUACCACAAAUUCCCCUACAAGUUGGGGCUGUCCCUGGGGAUGGGGUUGGUCCUGUCGGUCAUACAGACCUGCGUUCUGGGACUGUUCCCAAUCUACACUGUUGUGCACCACCAGCUGCCACCAGCAUCACGCUUCAUUGUGAUUAUGGAGCAGAUUCGAUUUCAGAUGAAAACCUACUCGUUCAUAAGAGAAACAGUUCCUGUUUGUAUAAAGAAUUGUCCAAAAGAAGGGGAAAAGCCCAGGUUUCCAACAUUCUCCAGCUAUCUGUACUUCCUCUUCUGUCCAACCCUUAUCUACAGGGAGUUGUAUCCUCGAAACAGUCAAAUACGAUGGAAAUAUGUUGGUGUUACUCUUGGCAAGAUUUUGGGAUGCCUGUUCUACGGCUACUUCAUCCUGGUCCGUCUCUGUAUUCCCGUCUUCAGACCUGAGACCAACCAGCCCUUUAGUAAAAGAACAAUGGUUCUGGCCAUCUUCAACUCCAUAUUACCAGGGAUAAUGCUCCUCCUGCUGUGUUUCUUUGCUUUUCUGCACUGCUGGCUCAACCUCUUCGGGGAACUGCUGCGUUUUGCUGACAGGAUGUUCUACAAGGACUGGUGGAACUCUACAUCUUUUGCAAACUAUUAUCGAACCUGGAAUGUCGUCGUUCACGACUGGCUCUAUUACUACGGAUACAGAGACUUUCUCUGGCUGUCCAAUAAGAGAUUCAGAGCAGCAGCCAUGCUCUCUGUAUUUAUCGUCUCUGCGGUUGUCCAUGAAUAUGCUUUAUCCAUGGGUUUCGGCUUCUUCUAUCCCGUCAUGUUCCUCCUCUUUGCAGUCUUUGGAGUGGCGUUCAACUUUACCAUGAAUGAUAAGCGACAGAGCCCGGUGUUCAACAUCAUCAUGUGGACGUGUCUCUUCCUGGGGCAGGGCGUCCAGGUGUGUCUGUACUGCCAGGAGUGGUACGCACAGAUCCACUGCCCGCGGAUCGGGGAUGGUUUCUGGGAGGCGGUGUUGCCUCGAUCCUGGUCCUGCAGCUAUCAGACAUGAGGUUGAAUUUCUGCAGAACAGCUCAAGACGAAUGCCGAGAUGGGCUGAAAAAAUGGAGACAAGGACGGACUUAACUUGAAAGAGUUGGAAAUAAGCAGCGGAUUUCUUUUGUCUUCGAUGGUUUUCGUUUCACCGUCUCAAGGGCUCUUU